CUAAAGUAACGAAAACAAAAUAGAGAUGGAGAGAUCACGAGAAGAAGAAUCUCAAGCAGGAGAUGGCGGCAACAACAAUCAUCAUAGCAGAAUUGCUGAUGAGGGUCCACGUCUAAACUUGCCUCUGACGAAAACUCCGGAACUUAUCAACUUGAUUCAGAAUUACCUCAACAGAAACAACCCAUGUUCUCCUCAACAAUCAGAGAGCUCAAAGACAUCAAUGCUUCCUCCGAAGGUUCCUGCAGAGAGACUCAAAGCUAUGAAUUUCCCAAUCUCCAUGAUCAUAAUUGGCCAGUGGGAAUACCGUGCAACAAACCCUGACGAUAUUGUGGCGAAACUCUAUUUUGCAAAGAAGAAACUUAUAUGGGAGAUUCUCGACGGUCCACGUCUAAACUUGCCUCUGACGAAAACUCCGGAACUUAUCAACUUGAUUCAGAAUUACCUCAACAGAAACAACCCAUGUUCUCCUCAACAAUCAGAGAGCUCAAAGACAUCAAUGCUUCCUCCGAAGGUUCCUGCAGAGAGACUCAAAGCUAUGAAUUUCCCAAUCUCCAUGAUCAUAAUUGGCCAGUGGGAAUACCGUGCAACAAACCCUGACGAUAUUGUGGCGAAACUCUAUUUUGCAAAGAAGAAACUUAUAUGGGAGAUUCUCGACGCUGGAGAUCCAAAGACUAAGACACCGAGGCUCAAGAGUAAGAUCGAGAUCCAAUGGGAUGAUGUUGCUUCUUUUGAAGAGAGUAUUAAUUCACGUGAUAAAACUGGAAUCCUCAAAAUCGAGUUGAAGAAACGUCCAAAAUUCUUCAAAGAGACUAAUCCACAGGCAGGAAAACACACACAAUGGAAACAAAUGGAUCAAGAUUUCACUGUUGAUCAGGCUGCUUCUUGGAUACAUACACUUCAUUUUGAUGCCGGAGUUCUGCAAAAGAACUUGGAGAAGCUUUUGUCCGAUAGCUUCUGGGGCAGACUCUAUGACGUCCAUUUCCCGGUACGAGAAGCUGUUUUAUUCGACAUUGACUAUGGAAGCAACAAUAACACCAACUCAUCUAGCUACGUCCUAAGCCAGACACGUCACUUUAAUGUCAACAGUGACCUUAUACAUCACCCUUCUCAAGGAAUUGGUCGCGUGGGAGUUGGAGAAGGAAACUCUAACAUGGCACCUCGGUACUGGGCUAACAAUGGAAGUCAAAACUCAUAUGGUCAAGCCAAUAGUUGGGUUUACACUGGAAAUGAGUUGUUUAAGACGCAAGCUAUCCCACCACCUGUGUCUUCUCAGUUCAGCAACGGGCAUUAUAACAGGCAAAGUCAUUACAACGGUUCACGGCAGAGUAAUCCGAUGACCCAAUACGAGAGUGAAGCAGUGCAAAACACAAGGGGGGUACUUGGGAGUCAAGCAUAUGCACUACCUCCCACACAAACUAACUUGAUGAUGCCUCAACACAUGAACGUAAUCCCAACGUAUCCUCCGGUUGGACCGUAUCUAGGGAGCACAUUGCGUCAAGAAGAGGAGAGACAGCGCAGGGAACACACUCAUACACAUCUUGAUGGAAACUUUCAGCUCAAAGAUUACCAGAAAUUUUUGUACAUGAGCAACAACUGGCCAAUGCUUCCUGAUAUGGACAAAAAAGAUGAUUCCAACGAUAACAAUAGUUAG